AUGGCGUGCCGGGCGGCCGUGCUGCUCUGGCUGCUGCUGGGUGCCCAGCGCCCCGCUGACGCAGGGCUGCUGGAAGCCAACAGCAACCUGAGCUGCCGCUGCGCCAAGACCACGAGCAGCUUCAUCGCGCCGCGGCUCUACGAGAGCGUCGAGGUGCGGCCGGCGGGGAGCAGCUGCCGGCGCCAGGAGGUCAUCAUCGUGUUAAAAACCCGCAAGCGAGUGUGCGUGCAGCCCAACACCCUGUGGGUGAAGAAGCUCCUGCAGGACCUUCCCAGCGUGUAA